AUGUCUCCUACGAACUCACCCUCGAGUUCACGGAAAAAUCCAAAUCUGCAUAUCGAUUUGACAUCAUCCUCAACUGAUCCAAGUCCAAACAGAUCCUAUCUGUCCUCUCCAGUCUCCCAAUUUCGUGCUCGUUCGCCCUCUAGGAGUGGUGAUAACAUACCAUCAUCAGCGGACUUUGGACCGCCAUCACCAAGUAAUCCAUACUCGUAUCAGUAUCUGCGACCCAGUGCAGCUUCAGACAUUGUCGGUAAGAGGAGGUGGAUAAGGCGGAUUAUGAAAAGAAAUUUCGUACCGACUCCCCUUGGGUACGCAGUAUUGUUAUUGUUAGUUAUCGCGUUACUAUAUAUCAUCAACCCAAUCAGCGAGGACACAUCGCUCCCGUCGCAUGGAACACCACCUAACGGAUACCAUGAAGUAUCUUCUGAAGACCAUGUGGGAGGGAUAGAGGUGGACGAAGAGCUAGAAAUUGACAAUCCAGCACUACCAAGUCUUCCCACAAUCUUUUCCGACUUAGUUCCAUCUCUCACACUUCCAUCAGAACUUCUUACCCCCCAUCUCUAUCCUUUGGCGAAACGAAUAUCCAACUUUCUACACAGACCUGUGCUGUCGCAUGACGAAGCCAAAGAGCGGAACUACAAGGGAUGCCCAAGGGAAAUAUCGGACAAAUUAGUCAAUCCAGAUCAAUAUAAUGGCGACUCUCAGUUCUGGAUGGAAGAUGUCACUGAGGAAGAGAUUGUAAGAAGAAGAAUUGAUGUCUUGAGAUGGUUGAAGGACAGGAUUGACCGGGGUGAGGAGAUACUGGGAAAAGAGGGAAAGACUGGAGUGGGCAGAGGCAUUGUAUUGACCGGCGGCAAUCAGGAUACAACACUUCGUACGAUCACAGCUUUGAAACACCUUCGUCGUCUAAAAGUCGACUUACCUAUAGAAGUUUUCCAUUACUCUGAUGAGCUCACCGACCAAGGUCAGAGAAGUGAGAUUGAGGCUUUAGGCGCCACGCUGAGAGAGGCUAGAGGAUUGGACAAAGUCGAUGGGGUGUGGAAGUCCGCCUACCAAAGUUUGCCCCGUGUAGUCAAUUAG